AUGGCUUCUGCUGCUGAUGCUCGUGGGCUCUCUUCGACGGCAACAGCCAAUGGCCGCUACUUGCUCCCGCCUGAUCCCGAGGCUGCCUCGCCGUCACUCCACCCGUCGCCAAACUCCAAAGUGGCUGCAUCGUUUUCGAUCGGCCAGUUCAACGCGCUCGCCGCCAAUCUAGCCACGCCGGACCACUUUCCUUACGCUACCGCCAAGCAUCUGGGCUGGGCUGACCGUUCACGCGUGCUGCGCAAUGAGAUCUGCUCCAUGGUGCCUGGCGACGACGGGGCGGCGCCGCCCGACGUGCUGUGCGUCGAGGAGGUGGCGCAGCUGCCGUACUUUGCGGCGUUUAUGGAGCCAAUGGGCUUCAAGUGGAUCUCUGCCCGCCGGCCGUCGGAACACGAGUCGUCAUGGUCGGGCCUCGCCAAGGAAGACGGCACCGCCAUCUUCUACAACACCGCCCGGUUUUCGCUUGUCCACGCCCAGGCCAUCGUCUUUGAUGAUGUCCAUGACCGGGUCGGCCUCGCUGCCCUGCUCGCCGACACCGUCUCGAGCGACCUGCUGCUGGUGGCCUCCACUCAUUUGUACUGGAAUGCAGCCAAGCUCGAGACCCAGCUGGCGGAGCUGGCCGAGUUUGAGGGCCUUGUUGUCGACGUCAUGCGCAAGCUCGCUGCUGUGGUCCGCGGCGACGACGCCCAGAGCUUAGCCGGCGUUGCGCUUCCGGACCACAACCAUGUGCUUGCUGCUGCCGAUGGCAUCAAUCUCGGCCGGACGUCGCUGGUCGGCACCGGCGCUUCGGCAGCGGCGGAGCUGCCGUCUGCGGCGCGCGAGCGGCUGUCCGACGUGGCGUCGGCCGGUGCGCUUGAUGACGGCGUGCGGGCGCUUUUCCAGCACGUUCCGGUGGUAGUGGCCGGCGACUUUAACAACGGGCCUGACUCUGCUGUCUAUGCCCGCAUGGUUUCCGACUUUCUCGAGCCAUGGCUCCCGCUCCCGCUUGUCUCGGCCUACGCGCAGUACCCAGGCGUCGGCGGCGCCGGCGAGCCGCCGUUCACCACCUAUAACUACAAGCGCUCAUGGACCAUCGACUACAUCUUCCACACCCCAGCCAGCACGUCGCAAGCCAACGGUCUCGAGCUCGAUGGUCUCCUCUCGCUGCCCAACAUCGAGGCCGUGACCCGCGACGAUGGGCCGCCCGGCUGGCGCGAUGCGCUCUCCUCGCCCGCCACCCUGGCCAAGUAUCCUCGGCUCAGCGAGCUUGCGCACACUCCGCGCCUCCUCAAUGGCAUUCCCAACUCGCUCUUUGGCUCAGACCACGUCCCGCUCGUCGCUGUCUUCCACAAGCCGCUCUGA